AUGGGUGUCAAACCCCUCCUGCUAUCGUCCCUUUUAUGGGCCGCUAGCAGCACCACAGCUACAGCAGCAUCGCCAUCAACAACACAGUAUGCUAAUCACAUCUUCAACUCCAUCCACUCCUCCAUGCGACAAUGGGGUUCUUCUCUCCAACACAACGGCAUGUCAUUCUUCCUCGCCACCGUUCCCGCCGGCACGCAGUUCUACCAUGGUACGUCGAUCGCCGAACCCAUCAACGGGACGGAGUGGCUUGCCUUUGAGCCGGAACAUGCUAUGGUGUUCGCGAGACCGCAUCGAGGACCCCCGCCGGGUGAGGACGACGAUGAUAAGAAGAGGAAGGAGUUGAGGAAGCGCGAUGAGGAAGAGGGAGAGGAACAGCAACAAGAAUCAGGAUGGUUACAUACCUACGUCGCUGCUAAGGAUCUGCGACUGCUAUACGUCGAUGGCAUGGCAGCUGGAAAGACGAACAACGGGACGCUCGACCUGGAGGAUCGGAUCCUGUUCCGGGAUGGAUUAGGCGAAGGAGAGAUGAUGGGGGAGCGCGAACGCGCGAAAACGUUCUGUCGCAUGGCGAAAGAGGAGUGGGAUGAUCGGUUGGAUGGAUUGUUGCGUAUGGAGGCUGGGUUUGAGAUCAUUCUGUGUGAUUUUGCCCGGGACUUGAAGCAGGUGAGGGUGACGCAGACGAAACCGAGUCAGCCGUUUGGGGGACCUGGUGGUAAGAAGGAUAACAAGAAGAAAAAGGGUGGUCCUGGAGGCGGAGGGGAUGGAGGACUGUGGUUCAAGGCCAUUGCUGCACGGUAUGAUGGGAUUGGAGGUAACCGUGUGACGCUGAACUAUGACAACUUUGUGUCGGCGUAUACGUAUGGACUGGACCUGUUCCAUUCGGUCAAUGAGACGUUCACGUUGCCCCGGUUGAAGCAGUUUACGUCGCAGCAGCUGGACCCGAUCCGGGAAGCGCUGAACCAGCUGGUACUGCAGCAUGAGGCCAAGGAGGCUACACUCAACUGGCAGACCGUCACGGAUAUGGUGGUGGAGCGGUACGCGCGUGAAAUCCGCUACCUGGCAUCCGGGCAGGUGUCGACGGUGGAGGCGAUCCACGCGGAGAUUGAUACGGUGCUGGGUCCGUUUGUUGACUACGGGGAUCGUGAUGGGGAAGAAGAGGCCGAGCGCUGCUCCAUGCAGUUUAUUCCGGGCGGGAUGCUUGCGGCUGAUGGUGAUGCUGGGGUGGCGGCGACGGCUGUGCAUGCAGUUACUCGUAGGAUUUGUGCGACAUUUGUCGAGGCCUGGCAGGAGACAGACUACAACACGGUGAUUGGGCUCUUCCAGGAUCUGAUGGAGUACUUGGCCUGGACGACGUGGAAGCAAUGCAGCGGGUGCGCCGACCACGAGAUCUGUGUGGUGCCCAUCUGGCCGAUGGGAACCGUAGAAGACUAUAACCAUCCGCAGUGUCACGAUGCCUCGAACCCCAACAGCGAAGGUCAGCGCUAUUGGGGUGGCGGGCCUGGUGGUCCUGGAGGGCGUCGUCCUCCUUCUGAUUCUUCAUCGUCGUCCGGAUGGAUUCCGGGCUUAAUCUCGUUCCUGCGGUCGUUCCUGGGAGUCGCUCUGGGUUUGCAUUUCUAA